AAUUCUGACAUCAACCUAUGUGGAUAAAACCACCUCAUUUUACAGAUGAGGAAAUCAAGCCACAGAAACAGUUUGCACAAAGUCAGGUCGUUAGUUACUAAGUGACGCCAGGAUUUGAGUCGAGGCUGACAGCACUGAGUCCUAAUCCUGACCGUUGUUUUAUUCUGCUUUUUAAACAACUUACUCUAAAAAGAGUCAAUCUUAUCUUGUUUCAACACGUAGUGCCAAUAACAGAGCGUUUCACGUCCGCAAGCAGGAAGAAUACUUCACCUCUCUCUAAGAUAAAAGACCUACUCACAAUCAAAAAUGUCACUGCAGAUGGUAACAGUGGGUCAUAAUAUAGCCUUAAUUCAACCAGGCUUCUCACUGAUGAAUUUUGAUGGUCAAGUUUUCUUCUUUGGCCAAAAAGGCUGGCCCAAGAGAUCCUGCCCUACUGGAGUCUUCCAUUUUGAUAUUAAGAAAAAUCAUCUCAAACUGAAACCUGCGGUUUUCUCUAAAGAUUCCUGCUACCUCCCACCGCUUCGCUACCCAGCUACUUGCUCCUACAAAGGCAGCUUAGAGUCUGAAAAACAUCAAUAUAUCAUCCAUGGAGGGAAAACACCAAACAAUGAGCUUUCCGAUAAGAUUUAUAUCAUGUCUGUUGCUUGUAAGAACAACAAAAAAGUUACUUUCCGUUGCACAGAGAAAGAUUUAGUAGGAGAUGUCCCCGAAGCCAGAUAUGGUCAUUCGAUUAAUGUGGUAUAUAGUCGAGGGAAAAGUAUGGGUGUUCUCUUCGGAGGAAGAUCAUACAUGCCUUCUACGCAGAGAACCACAGAAAAAUGGAAUAGUGUAGCUGACUGCCUGCCCCAUGUUUUCUUGGUAGAUUUUGAAUUUGGGUGUGUUACAUCAUAUACUCUUCCAGAGCUUCAGGAUGGGUUGUCUUUUCAUGUUUCUAUUGCCAGAAACGAUACUAUUUACAUUUUAGGGGGACAUUCCCUUGCCAAUAACAUUCGUCCUGCCAACUUGUAUAGAAUAAAGGUAGAUCUUCCCCUGGGUAGCCCAGCAGUGAAUUGCACAGUCUUGCCAGGAGGAAUCUCUGUCUCCAGUGCAAUCCUCACUCAAACAAAUAAUGAUGAAUUUGUUAUUGUUGGUGGUUAUCAGCUGGAAAAUCAAAAAAGGAUGGUCUGCAACAUUGUCUCUCUAGGGGACAACACAAUAGAAAUUAGUGAUAUGGAGACCCCAGAUUGGACCCCAGACAUUAAGCAUAGCAAAAUAUGGUUUGGAAGCAGCAUGGGGAAUGGGACUGUUUUCCUUGGCUUACCAGGAGACAAUAAGCAGACUAUGACAGAAGCAUUCUAUUUCUAUCUGCUGAAAUGCUCUGAAGAUGACGUGAGUGAAGAGCAGAAAAUCUGCACAAAUAGUCAGACAUCAACAGAAGAUCCCGGGGACUCCACUCCCUUUGAAGAUUCAGAGGAAUUUUGUUUCAGCGCAGAAGCAACCAGUUUUGAUGGUGAUGACGAAUUUGACACCUACAAUGAGGAUGACGAGGAUGACGAGUCUGUAACCGGCUACUGGAUAACAUGCUGCCCUACUUGUGAUGUGGACAUUAAUACCUGGGUUCCAUUCUAUUCAACAGAGCUCAAUAAACCUGCUAUGAUCUACUGUUCUCAUGGAGAUGGGCACUGGGUACAUGCCCAGUGCAUGGAUCUGGCAGAACGCACACUCAUCCACUUGUCAGAAGGAAGCAACAAAUAUUACUGCAAUGAGCAUGUGCAGAUAGCAAGAGCAUUACACACUCCCAAAAGAAGCCUUCCCUUACAAAAACCUCCAAUGAAAUCACUCCACAAAAAAGGUUCUGGGAAAGUCUUGACUCCUGCCAAGAAAUCCUUUCUUAGAAGGUUGUUUGAUUAG